CACUUAUUAGUUAUUGCCCUCCGCGUAGAUUGACGGAGAGGACUCCCAAUCUCCUCACCUCCCAUCUGCCUGCCUAGGAAGUUCGCCCAUCUGCAUAGUUUUCCUGAAGGUUGCAUGAGCAUCCAUGUCAAAAUAACGAUGGUGAUUAAACUAUAAUGCAAAGUAACUGUAGCUUAGAUCAAAGGCAUGAAUACAACAGAGGAGUCCAGUCAAGGUUGAAAUAUGAGCAUCCAUGUGCACCAUUUCAGCCCUUGAGCCUCCUGUUCAGAGAACAAAGCAGUGAACUUGGGUUCAAAUUACUCAACAUGCUCCGUCUAUGGCGUCUCAGGAGAGUCAGCUCCCUGUUUGCAAGGCUUGAGAAAGACAUCAGAUUCAACUACUUCUGGACUCGUUGCACGAAGCUUGUUUCUGUAACAUUAUUUGCGGUGCACUGUGCUGGAUGUUUCAACUAUCUCAUUGCAGACAGAUACCCUGACCCCACAAGAACCUGGAUUGGUGCAGUAAACCCUAAUUUCAAAGAAGACUCUCUGUGGAACAGAUAUGUCACUUCAAUGUAUUGGUCUAUCACUACAAUAACUACAACAGGAUAUGGAGACUUGCACGCAGAGAAUCCAAGAGAGAUGCUUUUUGAUAUAUUCUACAUGUUAUUCAACUUGGGGCUGACAUCUUACCUAAUCGGGAACAUGACAAACCUAGUCGUGCAUUGGACCAGCCGGACACGAAAUUUCAGGGAUAUGGUCAGAGCUGCUUCAGAAUUUGCCACUAGGAAUCAGCUGCCACCCCGCAUACAGGACCAAAUGCUUUCACACAUAUCUUUGAAAUUCAAAACAGAAGGAUUGAAGCAACAAGAAACUGUGAAUGGCCUUCCGAAGGCUAUUCGUUCAAGCAUUGCACAUUAUCUCUUCUAUCCCAUUGUUGAAAACACCUAUCUGUUCCAAGGGGUGUCACAUGACUUCCUUUUCCAGCUGGUCUCAGAAAUGGAAGCUGAAUAUAUUUCACCAAGGGCAGAUGUCAUACUGCAGAACGAAUCUACAUCAGACCUAUAUGUAUUGGUGUCAGGAACAGUGAAUUUCUUAUCCUCGGUUGAUGGACAUGAUCGAGUUGUUGGCAAAGCUACUGCAGUAGACCUGUUUGGGCAGAUGGGAGUUUUAUAUAACAAGCCUCAACCUUUCACCGUUAGGACUACCGAGCUUUCUCAAAUAUUGCGGCUCAGCAGAACUUCUCUAAUGAACACCAUACAGACAAAUGGGGAAGACGGGCAUCAAAUAAUGCAUAAUCUUUUCAUGAAACUGCAAGGGCAAGAGAGCAUACCCUCUGAAUCCGACGGAGAAAUGAUCCCUGAAUGUUGUGCAAUAACAGGAAGUCAAGGCUACCAUUAUAGUAGAGGUUAUGCAGAUGUUGUGAAUGGCCAAACAACUCUGCAUGCUGCAGUAUCCAAGGGGCAUGUAGAAAUGGUAAAGAUUCUGCUUGAAGGAGGGGCAUACACAAACAAGCCAGAUGAUAGAGGGUGGACACCCAAGGCAAUUGCAACAGAAAGAGGACACAAAGGCAUAUACGACCUCUUAGUAAGCUACGAAAACAAAAUGGCAUUAAACACCCCGGUGACAGAUUUCAUUGAGCAGGAAACUGUAGUUGGCACCAAAGGUUGUCAGGGAAAGAAAUUAGAGAACAGUUGGCACCAUCCUACAUGGCUCAACUCAGCAAAGGCAACUACAAAAGCCACUUCUUCAAGUUAUUUUGAUGACAUGAAAGCAAAAAGCGUAAACAAGAAUAGAGUGGCCAUCCAUAUGAAAUAUCAAGAUGAAAGAACAUCAAGCCUAUGGGGGAAAUUGAUCAUCCUACCUGAUUCAAUGGAAGAGCUGCUCAGGAUUGCUGGUAAGAUCUCUUUAGUCUCGGCAGAGAGUUUGAGCUUAAACCUGGAUAUUGUCUGCAAACAUCAUGAACUAGUUGAGUUUGAUAUGUAGAAACAAAAUAAUGAACAUAUA